AUGCGCGCCCGCGCGCGCGCGCCCGCGCCCGCUCGAGCCCUCUGCGCGCGCGCCGCGUCCGCGCGUCACGCGAGCGCGUCGUCGCGCGCGAGAACGCGCGCGGCGGCGGGCCGAGCGUGCGAUCGGGUAUCCAUUUCGCACCAGAGCGGUCGAUGCGCGGUGACGCGCGCGACGCGUCGUCGCGAGGGCGACGCGGCGCUCGGUGCGCGCGCGGCGCACCGCGAACGCGCGCGCGCGUCGACGAAGACGCGGGCGAGCGCGAACGGGUCGGAGGCGAAGCCGCUGGACCACUGGCUGGAAAAGUUGCGGACGAAGGGCGAGACGGCGGCGCAGGUGUUGAUGUUAUUGAUGCUGUUCGGAUGCUGGUACGGGUUCAACAUCGUGUUUAACAUUUAUAACAAACAGAUUUUGAAGACGUUUCCGUACCCGGUGACGGUGACGCUGAUCGAGCUCGGCGUCGGGAGCGCGCUCAUCGCGGCGAUGUGGGCGAGCGGAGCGAAAAAGCCGCCGCAGGUUUCGAUGGCGAUGCUGAAACCGAUCGCGCCGUUGGCGGUGAUUCACGCGGUUGGGAACUUACUCACGAACGUGUCGCUCGGAAAGGUGGCGGUUUCUUUCACGCACACCAUCAAGGCGAGCGAGCCGUUCUUCUCGGUUUUGCUCUCCGCGCUCUUCUUGGGUGAUGUCCCGUCGCUCGCCGUCAUGGCGGCGCUCCUUCCGGUCGUCGGAGGGGUUGCGCUCGCGUCAAUGACAGAGGUAAGCUUUUGCUGGGCCGGGUUCUUGGCCGCUCUUGGGUCGAACAUCACGUUCCAAUCGAGAAACGUUCUCAGCAAGAAGAUGAUGGGCAUGUCCGUCAUCAAGGGCGCCAUCGACAACAUCAACCUCUUCAGUGUGAUCACCAUGCUCAGCUGUUUGGUGGCGCUUCCGGUCGCCAUCGGCGUCGAGGGCGUGCGUUUCACUCCAGCCGCAAUCGCCGCCACGGGCGCAAACGUCGCUGAACUGUCCAAGUCUCUCUUGGUUGCCGGUUUCUGCUUCCAAAUGUACCAGCAAAUUUCAUACAUGAUCCUCUCACGCGUCAGCCCGGUGACGCAUUCCGUGGGUAACUGCAUGAAGCGUGUCACCGUGAUCGUUGUUACUCUCAUCUAUUUCAAAAACCCGGUGUCGCCGCUCAACAUGGCAGGCACCGCCAUGGCUCUCACCGGCGUUUUCUUGUACUCGCGCGCCAAGCGAGCCGAGGGUGAUAAGAAGAAGCAGGCUAGCGCGGCGGCGGCCGGAAUCAAGGCAUCAUCGGGAGAUUCUGCGUAUAACGAUGUGUUCCGCCGAACCACCGGGUUGUCUAAUAUUGAAUGA